GCCGGUUGUCUGUGACGCAGCUGCAGGCCAGAGCUCCACCCCGAGUUCCCAGCGCCACGGAGGCGUGUUCUACGCCGGCCCCUCCCCUUACACUCCUCCCACCCCUCCCGGUGCGGAGUGGCGGCCAGAGCAGGCAGGGUCGGCUGCGGGAUGCCGCACGCAACACAGCUGUACCAGCAUGUACCAGAGAAACGCUGGCCCAUCGUGUACUCGCCACGUUACAACAUCACCUUCAUGGGCUUGGAGAAGCUGCACCCCUUCGAUGCUGGAAAAUGGGGCAAGGUGAUCAACUUCCUGAAAGAAGAGAAGCUGCUGUCGGAUGGCAUGCUGGUGGAGGCGCGGGAGGCCUCGGAAGAGGACCUGCUGGUGGUGCAUACGAGGCGCUAUCUCAAUGAGCUGAAGUGGUCCUUCGUGGUGGCUACCAUCACUGAGAUACCCCCAGUCAUCUUUCUCCCCAACUUCCUUGUGCAGAGGAAGGUGCUGAGGCCUCUGCGGACCCAGACUGGAGGCACCAUCAUGGCAGGGAAGUUGGCUGUGGAACGAGGCUGGGCCAUCAAUGUUGGUGGCGGCUUCCACCACUGCUCCAGUGACCGUGGCGGAGGCUUCUGUGCCUAUGCAGACAUUACACUAGCUAUCAAGUUCCUGUUUGAGCGGGUGGAAGGCAUCUCCAGGGCCACCAUCAUUGAUCUCGAUGCCCACCAGGGCAAUGGCCAUGAGCGAGACUUCAUGGGUGACAGGCGUGUAUACAUCAUGGACGUUUACAACCGUCACAUCUACCCUGGGGACCGCUUCGCUAAAGAGGCCAUCAGGCGGAAGGUGGAGUUGGAGUGGGGCACGGAAGAUGAGGAAUACCUGGAAAAAGUGGAGAGGAAUGUGAGGCGGUCCCUCCAGGAGCAUCUGCCUGAUGUGGUGGUGUACAACGCAGGCACAGACGUCCUCGAGGGGGACCGUCUUGGGGGGCUGUCCAUCAGCCCAGCGGGCAUUGUGAAGCGGGAUGAAGUGGUUUUCCGGUUGGUCCGAGCCCACGAUAUACCCAUCCUAAUGGUAACCUCGGGUGGGUACCAGAAGCGAACAGCCCGUAUAAUCGCCGACUCCAUCCUCAAUUUGCAUGACCUGGGGCUCAUUGGGCCUGAGUUUCCCUGCGUCUCGGCACAGAGCUCAAACAUCCCCCUGCUUCCUUGUGCUGUGCCCUGACGGCUACCCACAGAACAUUACCAUGCCUGUCCCCCACCCCUUCCACCCGCCCACCCGCCUGUGUUUGUUGCUGUGAAGACAGCUGCCAGUGAGCGUGGAGGGGCAGGAAGAGCAGGAGCCAGCCUUGCUGGCCGCUCCUCCACUCCCCACCAGGUGCCCAAGGGUCUCUGGGCCUUGGGGUGGAAGAGCUGAGUCCCAGGGAGGAUCCCACACGGGAUGCAGACAGGUCAUGAAGAGUCAGAGAGGACGGCUUAGCUCCAGCUGCAGGGAGGGACUUCUGGGGUAGGGUAGCCUGCUGUCCAGAUCAGCCAGAAGAUGGGCCAUCCUUGACCUGGUUGGUUCACUCCCUCACUUCAGUCUGGAGAGGGCCUUCCCCUGGGUGAUGGUGCCCACAGGUCUGAGGCAAGUUUCCAUAACAGGCCUCCAGGGGGCGCUGGGCUCUCAGCCAACAGGCAGGAGUUCCUGGUAAGGAUGUGGAGGCCUAGGGAAGAAGGCUGAGAUUCACCAGUUUGGGUUCCUCUCAAUAAAUCAAGGUCCAGACCUAUAUUUUUCCAAGCCCCUCUAUGAUGAUAGGGUGGGGCAUUGAGGAUGCCCCAGACCCCACUCGGGCAGUAAUCUCCUUCGUUCAGCAUGGGAGCAAGUUUGGGGGGAAUGUUUAGCUCAGUAGUGACCCUCCAAACUGGAGCUCUUAAGAGGCUGCCAAACAGGAUGGAGAGGAGAAGCGGUGAGGCCCAGCAAGUAGGAGUCAUGUGGAGGCUGGUGGCCAAGCUAGCCCGAGGUGGGACUUCCUGGAGGGAGGACAGCGAAGGUGACAUUUAAGAUCAGUGGCUGCACAGACCCUGAGUGACAGUUUCCGCUGGCCUCACCCAACGUGACAGAUUCCAUCUCUGUCUGUGGCCCCAAGGCCUACUUGCCCUCUGGCUAUUUUACCACAAAGGGGACAGCCAGGGCUCUCCAUGACCUAGGCAGGAAAGACCCACCCCUAGCCAGUGAUUGCCAACUUUCCCGAAGGCACGGGUAGGAGGAUGUGGGUCAGCUGGGCUUUCUCCUGCCCUGCAUCUGCCCCAACUACAGGAGUCAUGUUCAUUACCAUGUGGGGUAUUCCCACAGCUUCCAUGGCAUCCUUCAUACUCCCUCUGCUGGAGUGGGGAGGAUGCCAAAGUCAUCAGUUGUCCAAACCACCGACCUGGACCAGACCCCACAGUGUACCCCUCUGCCAUGGCCUCUCCACAUCUGACUGGAGGUAUCUCCCAGGACAUUGGGGAGUGGUGACAGCAGUUUGCCAUUGUGGAGUUUCUGUCAGAAUGUCAUUCAGGCUCCAGGUUGUUGCUGUGUUCUGAGGUAGACCGUCCUGCCUCCUGAGGACCACUGGAAAUAAAGAUUCAAAAUUCACCAAUCCA